AUGUCAACAGAUGGCCAAUUUGUGCAUGGACCACUGAAGGGGAGGGUCCGCUACACGUCUCCCAACCCCCUAAGCGGAGAUGCUUCCAUAACCAUCAGCAACCUGCGUCUCUCAGACACGGGGACGUAUGAUUGUGAUUUCUGGACAAAGAUGGACGGAAACAAGAUGUUGCCUCCUCAGGCCAAUGUGGAUGCCACAAUGGGCCACUUGUUUGUAGACAGGAUCACAGAGGACGACUGUGGAACAUAUCUCUGUACGGUGGAAAGUCUGACGUGUUUCAUCUCAGAGAAUCAUCCAGCUGAGGUGUCCUCAUCUUCCAGGAGGUGCAGCAAGCUCCUGUCCAGCGCUCCAAUCCUGACGCCUGCGUUCUUCUCUUUUGUCCUGGUGCUGACCUUUUGCACUCUCAAAGCCAACUCCCAGACGUCCUAUUACGCAGCUGUAGGAUCAAACAUCACUCUUCACUGCAAGCAUACAUAUCCCACUGACAAUUUUGACAUUUUGUGGGAUGUGUGGUUGCCUUCACAAGCCUUGGCUAUUACAAGUUGGCAUUGUGGUGUUUUUUACAAACCACUGAAGGGCAGGGUCCACCACAUGCCUCACAGCUUUCAGACCUCACACUGCAAAGGAGACGCUUCCAUAACCAUCAGCAACCUGCGUCUCUCAGACACGGGGACCUACACAUGCCACUCGAGAAAUCCUGUAAUGGAUGAGAUAAGGGAGAUGAACAUGAACCUGACAGUCAUGGAGAAACCAAGCGAGCCGAUAUGUGGUGUGACACCCUCCAACUGACGUACAGCUGGACAAAGAUGAGCGGAAACAAGAUGUUGCCACCAAACGCCAGUGUGAAUGCCACAUUGGGUGACUUGAUUGUAGACAGGAUCACAGAGGACAACUGUGGAAGAUAUCUCUGUACGGUGGAAAGUCUGGUUGCUACCCAACACUGUGUCGUCCUACUUGAGUGUCCACCAUCAGCCAUUAACAAGGGAGUUCCAGUUCCAGCCGUGGCCGUGACGACCGUCGUGCUUGUGCUGGGUCUUGUCGGUGCUCUCGCCAUCUGGUACUGGCGCAGAAGUGAAACAGUGGAGGAGGUGCCCAUGUUGUCGAUGGAGGGGGGAGAUGGUCUCGACUUGGAAACACUUCCCGAUAGUGUCACGUGUUAGCAUCCUUACACUUCUGGCGAGACUGCCAAAAAUAUGAAAUAAUGGAACCAAAGUUGUUGGACAUCUCGGACCUCAUCCAAAUUUACACUCCAGCGCGCACAUUGAGGUCAGAAGGCCAGCUCCAACUGGUGGUGCCUAAGACCAGAUUUAAGACCAGGGGAGACCGGGCCUUUUCUGUUGUCGGCCCAAAGCUGUGGAACACUCUCCCCCCUCAUGUAAAAACGCCCCCCACAAUUGAAAGCUUUAAGUCUCGUCUUAAAACUCACUUUUAUUCUCUGGCUUUUAACUCGGUGUGAGUCGUGUGGUCCUCUGUGUCUUUUAUUAUUUUUUAAGUUUUUAUUGGUUCUAUUUAUUUUUGUUUUUUAAAUUAAAUUUACCUACUUCUUGGACUUUUGGCUUUUAUUGUUUCGAUUUCUUGUUUUAAAUAUUUUAUUGUAGUAGGUUUCUUUGUUUCUAUUUGAUCUUUUAGUUUUUAUUGUCGUAAUUUUUACUUUUUAUUUACAUUUACAUUCCUUUAUUUACUUAUUAUUUAUGGUUUUGCUAAUCUGUGCAGCACCUCGGAA